AUGACAGAAGGGUCUCCUGCGAUGAUGCUCCCGAUGCCGAGGACCGAGAGGCGCACAGGGGCCAUGAAGAAAGUGUAUCUCAGUGGCUCCAUCUUGAACUGGCUGCCCAUGAGCACGGGCUCGGCGACGACAGCCUUCAGGCGCUCUGCGACCUUGGACACGCCCUGCAGCGCGAAGCCGUUGACCACAACGUUCAGCUUCUCGAGGGCGCAGAGGGAGGAGCCCAAGACCUCUCAAGCAAUGUCCACGACGCGCUGGCGGUUGAAGUACUGCAGCUCGGCCAGCGCGGAGAAGGUGAAGGCGAGCACGACCUUCGCCGCCUUCAAGACAGUACAAUAUGCCUCGUUGGAGCCGUGCCGCAUGAUAGGGGGCAGGAAACCGCUGGGCGCCCGAUGCCAGCGGAGCUUCGUCAUUUCCCCCUGA